GCUGCGUCACAUCCGCUGGCCAUUUGGAUUGUUUGUGCUCAUGGUGAUGGUGAAGUGAGUGCGCGCGUGCAGCGGAUAGUUGAACGUAGUUUGCGUCAAGUGAGUGGCUCAUAACUCAAAUCAAAUGUAUUAAAACAGUUUUAUUAUUUUAAUAGUUUGCGUCGAAGCGGCGUAAACAGUAUUAUAUCUGAAUGGUUAUGUGCGCAAAUUAACGCGGUGGUGACACGGUUCGUCUGGCCCGCUAGCCGCUCACUGAGCAACUUGUGGCUGCUGUGCGUCACUGAGCAGUUCAGUAGUCACCAACUGUCGGAAAAUGGGGAAAAACCGUAAGCGUUCGAAAGGAAAUGGGAAUGCUCCAACACCUGGACCACAGCAUGGCAUGCGUCCCGCAGCACCAGGACCUCCUCCACCCAGACCCCCUCCUCCUUCUCACGGCGGUUUUCGCGGUCCUGCUCCUGUCCGCCCCAUGGGCCCACCUGGACAGAGGUUUCCUGGGCCCCAUUGCGACUUCGGGCCCCCAAACCCCAGAAUGAUGAUGAUGGAUAACAUGGAGGGGGAUAGACGGUUUAUGCAUGAAACACAGGGAUUCAUGAUGCACGAUGAGCCUUUCCACCCGAUGGAUUAUCCUGACAGACAUGAGUUCCGCCCUCCUUUUGAUGGUCCUGAUCCACGUUUCCAGCAUCAUUCAGAGUUUGGGAACAGACCACCAGAACCGCGGUUUUACCAUCCAGAGCUUGAAUGUGGACCGCGUUUCCGUUCUCCAGAGUUUUGUGAACGACCUCCAGACUUCUGCCCGUCUGAGUUUAUGGGAAGACCCCCGAACUUCCACCCGUCUGAGUUUGAAGGCGGUCCGGGUUUCCACAGGAUGAACCCUGGAUUCGACCAAAUGGAGCAGUAUGGUCCAAGAGACCCGCAUUUUGUGCCACAGAUGGAUGUACAUGGCAAUCAUGCAUUUGGAGAGAGAGGAGGGUUUGCUGGACCUCCACUAGAUUUCCGGGGCCCGGGUCCAGUGCAGCCACCACCUGAGGUGUUCAAUGCCGUUAGCAUGCCUCCUCCUGGAAAAGCAUUUCCACCCCAACCUCCGAAGAAAAAAGAUCAGCCGGCAAAGACUGAACCUCCUAAAUCAAUGGCAUCAAAGAUAUCAACAUUCAAGAAUAUAUCUGCAAACACUCCUCGUGGACGCUCAUUGGGAGUCAUUUCAUUUAUUGGCAAUAAUUGUGGUUUCAUUGAACGGGAGGAUUUGAAGAAAUUCUCUUUUGUUUUUGAUGCCUUUUUUGGAAACCGAGCUCACUUGGUGCCUGGGGUUAAAGUGCAUUUCACAGUAGUGAAAAAUCUGGGAAAAGAAUGUGCAGUUGACGUGAAAGUGGCACCAGGAGGAACAGAUGACAUUGACAGUACGGUGUAUGAAGGCGUAGUUAUCACAACCCUUCCUGAUGGCAAUGUCAAGGAAGUUAAUCCUGGCUGCAUCAGGACCAUUAUCUCUACGGAUCCCAUUAAACUGCCCUUUGGAAAAGCGGACACCGAUAUAACUCUGCUACUGUAUGAUCGUGUGGAGUUCCAGUUGCUGACAAAUGUUAUUACCAAGGAACAAAGAGCCACAAACAUCAAACCUAAAACACCAGACACUUUUCAGCUCACCAAAGAAAUCAGGGAGAUGGGUGUGGUCAUGAACAAGAGCGAUGGAACCCUGACAAUCAUGACAAAGAACCAUAAUAACCUGACGGCUUCUGCUGCUGACCAUUUAUCAGAUGAUGAGCUGAAUGUCAUGGAUGAAGUGGAGCUCACGGUUUUGACUGUGAAUGACACAAAGAAGGCUGUCCGACUCAAAAAGCUGCCUGAGGGCUCUGUGACCUUUAAUCAACAAGCAAGAGGCACUGAAAAUAUUUCUGGCUUAAAGGACAACGCAUCUGGCACACCUGGCAAAGACAAGUGGAGGCCUGUGACCAUGGAGGCUGGUUCUCAAGAGUCAGCUUUCUCCGAUGUAAGCAGUGAGAAAUAUGAGGGGAUGAUUGCCAAAAUCGCCCCAAAGAAAAGCCCAACCCAAGAAAAGGAGCAGAUGGACAAGCAAGAGCUCCCUUUGGGCCUUCUGGUCACCACAGUGGAGGGCACUGAGAAACGGUUAUCGUUUAGGUCAGGUGACAUGAUCACAAAGGCCACCAUGAUGAUCGGUGACAAGGUCCAGUUCAACAUUUCCACCAACAACGUAACCAAGGAGGAGUGGGCUGUCAAUGUAGAGAUCCUGCCAGAAACUUUCCAGACAGACUCUGAAGAGCAACGAAAGAUAGGGCUUGUUGUAAAGCUGGAUGAUAAUUUUGGGUUCAUCAAGACACAACAGGACCCGCAGCUAUUUUUUGACAUAAAUGAGGUUAUGGAGGACACCAAACUCACUUUGUAUGAGAAGGUUGAAUUUACGUUAGUACCGAAUGAAGCAGCUGAAGGGGGAAAUCACGCUGUUAGAAUAAGGAGACUGAAUGAAAGUGUCUUCACAUCGGCACCAAAAUUAGAGGCUUUUGGGGUAAAAGAGAAGAAGAAAAUGACCAUCAAAUUGCUGAAGGAUCCAAAAGAACAAAUCAAGGCAGAGGUCAAAACAGAGGACAAAAGCAGUGAAUCGAUGGAUGUAGACAAGCCAAACAAGGGAAAAGACAAGGCAUCUCCAUCUUUGUCAUCUGUAAAAGAUCUGAAGAAGCAAAGUGAAAUUAAACAAGAAAGGACCACAUCUAAAGGUGAUAGAGCGCGGAGCAGAAGCAGGGAAAAUAGUCGACGUAGGUAUAGUCGAAGCAGGAGCAGAAGCAGAGAAAGUGGCAGACGCAGAUAUAGUCGCAGCAGAAGCCGGAGCCGAGACAGAAGCAGGAGCUACCACAACAGAUACCGAAGUUCCAGCCGUGAGAGGAGGGACAGUCGAUACAGGCACAAACGCAGUCGCAGUCGUAGCAAAGAGCGCUCGGAGAGAUACCGACGGAGUUGCAGUCGCAGCAGAAGCAGAGAAAGGAGCACCCAAAGUGCCAGGAAGAGAAGCCGCAGCCCAGCCGACAGAUAUGAUCGCUAUGCAAAACAAAGCAGUAGUAAAGAUUCCAGCAACAAAAACAGAGCUAAAAGCCCUGAUAAUGUAGAUGAAGAAUUAUUGAGAAAAAAGAGAGAGCUAAUGGAACUCAACGAGAUGAUUGCACGCAAGAAAGCUAUUGUUGCUAUGGAGCAGAAUGCAAAGAAAAUUGAACCUGGGGUUGAGGUAGAGGGAAAAAGUGGAGUUACAACUUUUGAUUAUCAACAUGUACAUCGUGAAAAUGUGUGGAUGCCUGACCUAAAACCGGUGAAGUCCAUCUUGAAGAAACAGUCUGAACCUCACACUGAUCCUCAAUCUCAGGCUUCUGCAAGCAAGGAAACUACUGCUCCAUUUAUAAAGAGUGAGAGUCAAGAGAUGGAUAUAGGAUACCGUCAACAGACUAGUGCUUUUGGCUCAAAUACACCUGGCUGCUCUACAUUUGAAAGUAAUUCUGAGAGGACUUUGAACACUGCAUGGUCUGAGAAGAUAUCUUUACCUCAGAUUGAGGAUCCAGAAUUGAUUAGAAAAAAGAAGCAAUUAGAAGAACUCAGUGAGUCCAUAGCACGCAAAAGAGCGAUAUUUGCCUUGGAACAGAAGGUCAAAGUUGUUCAGGAAGUGCCAGAAGUGGAAGCGGAAUAUGAGUUUGACACGCACACAGAUGACAAAUUUGUAAUGUCUAAAGGGAACUUAUGGAGCUCUGAAAUAAAACCUGAUGUUCAACCGAAAAAGUCCAUUUUGAAGAAACGCUCAGAGAUUCACAGCUCUCAGAGUGACACAACCUCAGUUGAUGAAUAUGGUCAACCAUGUCAGGAUGAUUCUACUUUUGCAAAGAUACUUUCUCAGAUGCCAACAGCUUCACCAUUUAACAGGUCCCUAAAUCCACAGCCCAUUCAUCAUAGUACUUUUGCCUUUUUCAAGCAGUUCAUAAAUGAGUCUUCAGCAGCCUCACAAGUGACUGGAUCGCCUCCUUUUAACAAGUUAGCAAUCCCAAAGCCACUCGCACAAGCCUCCAGUUCAAUGUCUUUGCAUGACCAGAAAUCUUCCAACUUGUCCAAAGGUAACAAUUCUCAUGAUGACCAACAGAGGGCAACAUCUCGCCAGCCUCAUGACCAUCCCCAUAGCAGUAACCCUUCCACGAGUCAGACUUCACCAUCAGGUCAAAAUCGCAGUGUUACAACUCAAAUGGAACGCUUCCUUAGUGCUCUGAACAAGGCUGACACCAGUGUCGUUAACUCAUUGUUUCAAGAGGCAAGAAAGGAUCUGGCUUCAAUGAACACCAAGAAACCCACUCAACCACAAUUAGAUAGAAACAUACCCUUCAUGGAUGAGAUAUAUGAUCCUUUUAAGGAAGAUGAAGACAAUGAUCCGCCUUCCUUUAUGGGUAAACAUUCUGGCCCAGAACGAGUUAAACACGCUGUGAAGAUUGAAACCCGUUUGAAUGACCCUAUCAAAGAUGACCUCUUGCCUCAUGAAAGAGCUGUUCAAGAUGGUAGUGGCUUUUCUCAACUUGUUGGAAUGAAGUAUGGUGUAGACCCUACUGCGAAAGCUGAAAAGAAAAGUCCAUAUGGGCAUCCAAUGGUUUCAGAAAAUUGGAGCAUGCAUAAAGAUCCAAAUCGGUUUUCUGAGCAAUGGAAUCAGUAUGAAGAGGGUACUGAUCCAUAUGCAACAGAGCACGAACAUUACACUGAUCACAAUCUGUAUAGGGAGCGUAGUCAGUCUGUUGAGUACCAGAAAGUCAAUCCAAAUGUCCUGCUUUCUUGUGUAGAGGACAGAGAGAUGCCUGAUAGUAGUUUUGACAAAAGCUUAGCUCGUCAGCAGUCUGAAGAAAGCAAUGAAGAUAAAGACAGAAAGUCAGAGAACUUUGAAAAGAUUCAGAGUCUUCUUCAGACAAUAGGACUUCAACUAGACACAGCAGAAGUUAGCAAAUUAGCAGACAGGACACAAGAGCGGUUGUAUGGCAAGAUGAGAAAACCUCAUAGUGCAUCUUCUCACUCCUUUGACCAAAGAAGGGAGCGAUCAGUGAGCCAAUCUGAGCACAGGGGUAGUAGUAGUAGGGCAGAUUCCUCAGACUCUGAAGGUGUCCGAUCUGUUUCCCCAGCUCAGUCCUCGAAUCGCAAGGUUUACAUGAGCUAUAAGGACUCUGUAAAAUAUAAAGACCAGACCAAAGUGGAAGAAGUAGACCUAACUAGCAUUAAGAGAACUGUAGUGAAUUUGAAACCAGCAAUAGACGAACAAGAUCCUUUCAAAACUUCAUCUGAGCUGACCGCAGCUUCUCAAGUUUCGUUCCAACCAGUGACCGGUUUAACCACAGUUCAACCAGAUAGUUCCCAGUAUGCCCAAACUUCCAAUGUUCCCACCUUUUCAGCUUCACAAUAUUCACAAUAUCAAAGCAGUGAUCAGCAGUUCUGGGGUGUGGCCCCUGGUCUGUACCCUUAUGGCACUGUACCUCCAUCCCCUAAUCUAGGUUAUGCUAGUGGUCUCCAAGCAUUGCCUCCGCAAAUGAUGGCUACUUAUGGUUCGUACACUGCACAAAUGGCCAAUCCAUAUUGUGUGCCGCCUCACCUCUCCAUGCCAUAUUCUUAUGGUCCUCCACCUACUCACAACCCUCUCCACCUCUCCUCAAUGGGCGCUUCCUACGAUAACAAAGCAGCUAAGCAAGUCCCAACAAAGCCUGUUAGAUGCCUCAAAACAAUAGAAACAGUCCAGACAGUUGAAACAGUUAAUGCAGGGCCUGCCAGGGCACUUGUUAGCAUAGAGCCUACAGAGGACAAUCAAGCAAAAAGUACAUCGGAGGAAGCCAAGAGUAAACAGGUUGCUACCAUUACAGAAGACGACAUCAAGGCUAAGCAGAAGAAACGGCUUGAACAGUUUAACCAGAGAAUGAAGCUGAAGAAAGAGCAGCAAAUGGAAGCCCAGCGAGCACGUGGACAAAAUCGGAAUUCAGCUACAGAAUCAGUAAGAAAAAACAGUCACUGUGGAAUUCGCCAGGUAAGUGGUUGUUCUAUAUAAUUGGAAAAGUCAUGGAAAUUUGUUAGUCAAAAUGUGUAGGAACCCUGGAUAUCUUUUGGAUAUUUUUCUUUGAAUCCUGCUUAGUUAGUUAAUGUCAUUACAAGAAUAAACCCGGAACACCUGAAGUUGAAACUGAAGCAGAGAACAAAAUGAGAUGACUGCAUUAGAUCAUUACAUGACUGUGAGUAUCUGCUGAUAUAUACACCCAAAAUCUCUUACAUGCCCUAAAUUAGAGUCUGAUUAAGGGAGCAGGGUAUGGAUUGCAUGGUUGACGACCAGUGUGGAGAAACACACCUCCUUAUAGACUUUGCACAUGUCUCAAAUGUGAUUUAAAUGAAGAUAUGUCUAUUCAUUUCCAUUCAUUCAAGUCAUCAUAAACUGUCAUGGUUUUAUUAUCCUAAUAAUGGAAAGUCCAUAUCGGAUGAAGUAAAUAAUGGUGAGAAGCUCCUGCAGUGCCAUGUUUGAUGGACUGACUGAUGUGAAUACUACUUCUCCAGACCAGGAUUCAUCAGAUAUGUUUUGUGACCAAGAGCUGCUCUUUUACUUGGUGACUAUAUUUACUUAUAUGUAUUGUAUAGUAGUAAAAUAUGCAUUUCUACUCUUCUUUUGCUGGUUUCCUAAUCUAGUUGUCUAAUAAACCUGACAUUGUACAGCGGUUGUUGGCUCUUUGAUGAGUUCUUUGUUCUUUUGUAAGUUGCUUUGGAUAAAAGCAUCUUCUAAAUGUAUAAAUGUAAACGUCUUCCCUCCCUUUUUAUGAAAAAUGCUUUGAUUUUGUUGGAAAAUGUAUACAUUUAUAAAUAUUAAAUAAAUGCCUCUCUAAAUAAGCUAUGCACCUUGUUUCAGACUCAUUCAAGGUGUUUCAAAUCUCACUUUUAUCAACCACACACACCACCCAGGUAUGAGGACAAGAGCAUUAUAAGUCAUUAUAUGUCUUGUUUCCUAUAUUAUAAAUUGAGUAAUUAUUCCAGGAAAGGGCACCAAACUCUCAAAAACAGAUUUGCAAUGACAAAGAAACAUAAUCUAAACUUUUACAUUUUAAAAGCGUGUUGAGAGUCAAAAACCCAUUGGCGAUAGGUAGGGGGGAACUACUGACUUCCAUUUCAUGAGAAUGAGUCAUCUAGCUAAUGAAUGCUAAAGCUACACUAUCAGCCUGCAGUGUGGUUAGUAUGACAGAUUCUGGUAAAGACAAUUUGGAACAUGGCCAAAAAGAGUGCAGUUAAGUUGCUAAUUCAUUUAAUUUAAUUUAUUACUUUAUUGUCAUCAGUACAACGAAAUUUAGUCUCAUUCAAAAGUGCACACACAUAUGAAAAUGUACAAUUUAAACAAAUGUAACCAGUGCAAAUAUGACAUAUAUACAGUAAACCAGUGCAAUGUAAAAUAAAAAUAAAAAAUGGAUAUGUAUAGAAUGUGCAGAAUAGAAAGAAAUAUAAAUAUUUUUGGAAAAAGAGUAUAUUACACAUCAGAAUGUCACAGAGCCCCUA